AUGUCUUCUGUUUUCAAAGCAGCAGCUGUUCAUGCAGCGCCAGUAUUUAUGAACAAAGUAGCAACGACUGAAAGAGUAAUUGAAUAUAUAAAAGAUGCAAAGAAAGCAUCGGUUGAACUCCUCGUCUACCCCGAAACAUUUAUUCCCGGUUAUCCAUAUUUCAUUGAAUGUUAUCCAACCUUGAUACAACCACCUGUACUUGCUGAAUACAUCGAACAAUCUGUUGAAAUUGAUGGACCAGAAAUCAGUAAAAUUCAAGCGGUUUGUCGCGAUUAUGGUGUGUGCAUUAUACUGGGCGUUUCUGAGCGAAUGUCAGGUACUCAUACGUGUUUUAAUUCUCAAAUCUUCAUUGAAUCUGACGGAACACUACUUGGAGUUCAUCGAAAACUUCAACCGACCUAUGUUGAAAGAAUCAUUUGGGCUAAUGGAGGUGGUUAUACAUUGCGGUGCUAUCCAUCGAAAUGUGGAAUUCUUGGCGGAUUAGCAUGCUGGGAAAACACAAUGAACGGUGCACGACAGGCACUCAUUCAACAGGGUGAACAGAUUCAUGCAGGUGCAUGGCCUGCUUUGAGCACUAUGGCUGGAUUUGAAGCUGUAGCCGAUAUUCAGAUCGAUGCCAUGAUGAAGAAUCACGCACUGACUGGUCAAUGUUGGGUGAUCUGCGCAUCUAACACAAUUGAUCAGUACUGUCUUGACUGGAUGGAAGCCAAAUUAGGCAAACAAGAACUGGUUAAAGUCGGAGGAGGAUUGAGUAGUAUCAUUCAUCCUUUUAAUAUGUACCUCGCUGGACCUCAUAAAGGAAAUAAACUGAAUAAAUCACUUGAACAUGAAUAUCGUAUUGAAAUAAUUGAAGUUUAUACUGUUGCAUGGGCAAUUAAUUACUUUAUCGAGCAGUAA